CAGUUUGACUUUUACAUUAAAAAGGAAUUGAUCGGCCAAAAACUCGAAACCGAGUCGAGGCUGCUUCUGUCCUGCUGUCUUCUCCGCCACAAUGGCGACUCUCAAGCUCCGUCGUUGUGAUUUACAGCCAUGUCCCUUCAUCUUCUUCUUCGUUGUCGUGUUUCUCUUCCCGACAUCUGUAACUUCACUCGCUGCCGGAUUCAUCCCUCAUUCUGUCGCAUCCCCGCGAAUCUCUUACUCCGAUUACUGCAACGACCUCGUCCCCGAAUCUCCGGUCGAUCCUUCCCCUUCCGCUCUAUUUCGAGACUCCUCCCUCCGUUUCAACAUCGGUUUCUUCUCCGGCGGCGAAUCUCUCUUCUCCGAUCAGAACCUGACCCUCUCCGGUUUCUCCAGAUCGGCCAGGUUCGUCCCCUUCUCUCUUCGCAGAACCUUGGGCGAUGGUGAUAAAGUGUUUAAGAUCGAAGCCAGAUUGGAUUUACUUCUUGUCGCUUCUACUACUCAGUCCUUCACCGACCGGAAACAGGUGGGUUAUCGCGAAGGCCCCAGGUUCGAGUUCUCUGGGCUUUGGUCGGAAUCUACAGGACAUGUCUGUAUGGUCGGAUCAGGCGGUUACGGCUUCGCUCAAGGCGAUCGACGAUCCUACGACGUUGUUCUCAAGCUCAACUACUCCAAGGAUUCGAAUAUCCAUGGCAGUUUGAUCAAUGGAGUGUUACAGAUCGUCAAGGGAAAGAACACUCAGAAUUACUUCAAACCCAUUUCGAUUCUGGGUGUAAGAAACAAUCUUCAGAACUAUGAAUACACCUUGUUAGGACAAGGGAGAUCUGAAUGUGGAGCAAACAGGCAAGAGAGUUUGUCGUUGCAGAGAGUUGGACGAAGCUUGUGUUCUGUCUUCUCCUCCGCCGUGCCUCACACCUUCGGUCUGAGAUACGAAACUUGUUGCAACGACACAAACCCUAGUUGCAGUGCUUUCGGAAAUGGUGUAGAGUAUCUGCCGGAUUCCAUGACAAUCUACAUGAAGUUGUGCGAUGGGGACAAGAUGCAUAUGCUUCUGUCCUUUCGCAACUCGAGUGGUUGGGACACGACGACCUUUACCUUCGAUCCGGACACUACUUUGCUCGCCGAGGGAGCUUGGGAUCCGGAGAAGAACAGAUUCUGCGGUGUCGCCUGCAGGAUCUCAAAUUUCUCGGCCGGACAUGCAGCCGUUGAUGAUUGUUCCUCGAGGUUGAGUUUGAGUUUUCCAGCUGUCUUGUCCAUUCGAAGUAUGGCUCCCGUAAUCGGGCAGCUCUGGAGCGUCAAACCGUUCAGUAGAAUCGAGCUCUCGAGCAUCAGGGAGCCAUUGCGUCGAUUCCCUGAGCUGAGAUUCAAGUAUACUGAGAUCGAGAGAGUCGAGAAACUUUGUGGCAGCAAACGGAAGGUUAGCCGGAAAGUCAAAGGAAAGCAUCAUUACCCUGAUCCCGAAUCCGUUGACAUGAUCUUUCACAUGUCGAUGAAAUCGGAAGGAGACACUCGGAUAUCGUCCGGAAGCGCAACCCCUCUGUUCGUUGACGAUCACCUCUUCCGGAGUUUCUGGAUGCAUGACGGGAGACGAGGUGGGAGAACUGGAAUCGAUACGAAACAUGACAAUGUCGUCAAUAGCUUUACCAGCGUCAGUUACAGAUUUCAGUUUCCUCCCGUUUGGAAUCCCGCAGGCGAUAUUUUUGUAACCCGAGGCCGAGAGAUUUAUGCAGAAGGGAGAUACGAUAGGGAAACCGGCGAGCUGUGCAUGGUAGGGUGUCAAUCGUUGAGCCUCGAGAACAGAGAGGCUCGGGGGAACGACUCGACGGACUGCAGUAUCGUGAUCAACAUCAAAUUCUCCCUGAUCGAAUCGAAAGGUGAUCGCCGUUUGAACGGAACUAUAGAGAGCUUACGGGAAAAGGCCGAUCCGCUGUAUUUCGGACGGAUUGAGCUCUUUUCGAGGUCAAUAUAUGCGAGGACGGCGGAAGAAUCGGUCUGGAGAAUGGAUCUGGAGAUCAUUAUGGUUCUGAUUUCGAAUACUCUUUCGUGUAUCUUCGUCGGAUUACAGUUAUACCAUAUGAAGAAACAUCCAGAAGUGCAAUCCUUCAUCUCCAUAGCCAUGGCGAUGAUCCUCACCUUAGGGCAUAUGAUUCCUCUGCUGUUGAACUUUGAAGCAAUGUUCAAGAGCAACCGAAAUCCGCAGAAUACGUUCUUCGAGAACGAUGGAUGGCUCGAGGCCAAAGAAAUCGUGGUCCGGAUGGUAACGAUGGUCGCUUUCCUUCUCGAAUUACGGGUCCUCUUCUUAUCUUGGACUGCUCGAAAGAUCGAAAGCCGCGGCGAAUGGGACGCGGAGAAAAAGGUUUUCUUCAUAUGUUUACCGAUCUACGUUACGGGCGGACUGAUCGCUUGGUUAGUAAACCGGAAUAGACGUCCUGAAGCGACGAUAUUGUUCCGUAAACCAUAUUCUCGGCAUCUGUUGUACCGUCCGUAUAACCUGAAACGUUCGUUCCAGCGGCCAUCUUUGUGGAAAGAUCUGAGAUCUUUCGGGGGUUUGAUCCUCGACGGAUUCCUCCUACCGCAGAUUCUCUUCAACGUUUUCCGCAACUCGGACGCGAAAUCUCUCGCCGUUCCGUUUUACGUCGGGACGAGCUUGGUAAGGUUGCUUCCCCAUUCGUACGAUCUGUACCGAAGCCGCAGCUACGGAAGAUCCCUGGACUGGUCAUUCAUCUACGCGAACCACAAGGUGGAUUACUAUUCCACGGCUUGGAACGUCGUGAUUCAGUGUUUCGGGUUUCUGUUCGGCGUUCUGAUUUUCCUGCAGCAGCGUUUCGGCGGCCGCUGUUUUCUUCCGAGGCGUUUUCGAGAAAACUGCGUUUACGAGAAGGUUCCGAACACGGGCAGUGUAGAGUUACAUCAAACGCAGUUCUAAUGGCUUUUUAACUUUCAGACCGGUUUCCAUUGCCAUAACACAUUCAUGUCUUCAUUUGUUUUGAAACAAUGGUUUGUGUAAAGGAGUGAGUAUAUUUUUUUAGUUAACUGGAUUGAAACUUUAACUCAUUUUUUAUAUCCAAUUUUUAAUGGGUUUUGUGUUGGAUUAGUUGAAAGU